AUGACAUCUGCAUCGUCCUCUUCUAACUCUGCUCAAGCCUCUUCUUCUCGGUCAUGGAAAUACGAUGUAUUUAUAAGUUUUAGAGGAGAAGAUACCCGCAAAACCUUUGUAGAUCAUCUCCACUCUGCUCUUGUACAGAGACUAAUUCGUGUUUACAAGGAUUAUGAAGCACUUCCCCGUGGUGAUUCCAUUGGUCCAUCUUUGUUCAAGUCUAUUGAAGAAUCACAUAUUGCUGUCAUAGUAAUCUCCAAAAAUUAUGCGGAUUCUUCGUGGUGUUUAGACGAACUUGCACAUAUUAUGAAAUGCAGGGAUGACAGAGGGUUAACUGUUAUGCCCAUUUUUUAUGACGUGGAUCCCUCGGAAGUGAGACAUCAGAAAAGAGAGUUUGGAGAAGCAUUUGCCAAACAUGAGGCAGAGAACUUCAUGAAAACUGAAUUGUGGCGAAAAGCACUUAUUGAAGCAAGUAACAUUGCUGGAUGGGAACCCAAGUGCAUUGCCAAUGGGCACGAAUCAAAAGUCAUUAAAGAAAUUGUUGAUAAAAUUCAAGAUUAUUUGCUUCCCUUAGAUUCAGAUGUUGAUGAAGAGUUUGUUGGAAUGAGGGUUCGCUCACAAGAUUUGAUAUCACUGUUAGAAAUUGAGUCGGGUGUGGUGCGCAUGGUUGGGAUAUGGGGGAUUGGAGGCAGUGGUAAGACUACUCUUGCAUAUUCUGUUUACACCAAAGUCUCUCACCAUUUUCAAGGACAAUGCUUUAUUGCCAAUAUUCGUGAGCAAAGCAAACAUGGUUUAGAAACCUUGCAACAAAAAUUUCUAUCGAGUGUUUUGAAAACACAAGCAGAAGUGCAGAGUGUUGAAGAAGGAAAAUUUAUAAUAAAGAGUAGGUUAUGUAACAGUAAGGUAUUAGUACUUCUUGAUGAUGUUGAUGAUCUUGACCAGCUACAAGCAUUAGCUGGAUCACAUAAAUGGUUUGGUGCUGGGAGCCGAAUAAUAAUUACAACGAGAGAUGAACAUGUGUUAAGAGCUCACAGGGUAGACCAUAUCUCCCCUGUUAAGUUAUUAUCACAUAAAGAGGCUGCCCUGCUAUUUUAUAAGCAUGCAUAUAAUGAAAAAGAACCUUUAACAGAUUAUGAGACACUUUCAUCCCGUGUGGUUUCUUAUGCUGCUGGUCUACCAUUAGCACUUAAAGUUUUAGGUUCAUUUUUGUUUGAUAAAGACGAGAAUGAGUGGAUAAGUGCCCUUGCCAAGUUAAAAGAUUUCCCAAAUAUCAAGAUUAUGGACAUACUCAGAAUUAGCUAUGACGGACUUGAACCUCUCCAGAAAGAGUUAUUCUUGGAUAUUGCAUGUUUUUUCAGGGGGAAAAGCACAGAUAUCUUAGAUCCGCCGAUGGAGAUACUCGACGCUUGUGGACUUCACCCUGUUAUAGGGAUAAAGGUGUUGCACCAACGAGCUCUCAUUUCUAUUGUGGGUGGUAUGUUUGAUAUGCAUGAUCUAGUUCAAGAAAUGGGACACAACAUUGUAACAGGGGAGCAUCCUAACAAUCCUGAAAAACAUAGCAGAGUCUGGAAAAAAGAGGAAAUCGAUAACAUGCAUCUUGGGGAAGCAACAAAGGAAAAUCACAAGAUUGAAGCUGUAGAUUAUAGUGGUCACUUAUCAUGCUUUGGUGAGAUUAUAUCUAACAUGAAGAAAUUAAGGUGGUUUUCUUACAAUGAUGAUACCUAUAACAUGAUGAUUAAACAUAACAUGAUGAUUAAACCGCCAUCUGGACGAUUGUGUUUUAAUUUACAUGACGAUGAAGAUGUAAAGUAUGCUGAAAUGCCUAAUAUUUUGUCAAAUGAGUUGAGGUAUAUUUCAUGGGGGUGGUAUCCAGAAAGUCCAUUCCCAGACAGUUUUCCCCCAUUGAAGCUGUGUGUGCUAAAAAUAAAGGAAAGCUUGCAGAAAGAACUUUGGAAUGGUUACAAGCAUCUACCACAUUUGAAAGUGCUUAAACUCCAUGCUAUGCGGAGCCUACUCAGCACCCCUGAUUUUAUGGACUUCCGUGUCUUCAAAAGCUGGAUAUUUUUGCAUGUUAUCAGUUGGAAGAGAUUCACCCGUCGCUUGGAACUUAGAAUCUUCCCAGCGAUUGUCCGGUUGGAGAAACUCAACACCCUUAAGAUAGCACAUUGCAAUUGUUUAGUUGAAUUUCCAGUGAUCCAAGCUAGCAUGGAAAGGUUGGUAGAGUUAAAUUUGAGUAAGGGAAUCAUUAAGUUUCUGGACUCAUCAAUUUGGGAACGUGGUAUGCAAGUUGAGACAGUGUUCAAUCUGUUGACACGUAUUGUACAAAAGUUGAACUUCAGGAGCUUACGAAAGUUGAGUCUCUGUAAUUGGGGUUUGAAAGACGGAGAAAUUCCUUCUGAUGUUGGUGAGUUAUCCAAUUUAGAAGAGCUCGACCUUAAUGGGAAUGAUUUUUCACGAUUAGGUUUCAGCCUUUCCCAUUUAACUCGACUCAGAUUCCUCUGCCUGUCAGGCUGCAGAAGGCUUGUAGAAUUGCCUGAGCUUCCAUCAAGUUUAGCUAUUCUGGAAGCAGACUAUUGUGACUCCCUUACAUCCAUUGGAAAUAGUCACAGAAAUUGUAAAGGGUUUUAUAAAGUGACACUAGUGGGAGGGGGUGUUAUAGUUGAUGGCAGCAGAUUAUGA